GGGAGUUGAGUCAAACUAUUGCUGAAUUAAACUGGAUUCUCGAGUGAAAAAGCUCUAAGAAGUGGGGAUUCCAAAAAGUUAUCCAAAGGUAUUGACAACAAUGACUGGCAAAACACAGACUAGCAAUGUCACAAACAAGAAUGAUCCCAGGUCAAUCAACUCCAGAGUCUUCAUUGGCAACCUUAACACAGGCAUUGUGAAAAAAAGUGACAUUGAAGCAAUAUUUGCAAAAUAUGGGAAAAUAGUUGGAUGCUCAGUACAUAAAGGAUUUGCAUUUGUACAGUACGUUAGUGAAAGGCAUGCAAGGGCCGCAGUGACAGGAGAAAAUGCGAGGAUUAUUGGAGGCCAACCACUAGACAUCAACAUGGCUGGAGAACCAAAACCUUAUAGACCAAAACUAGGAAGUAAAAGGCCAAUUUCCUCUUUAUACAGCACUUAUGAGUUUGAUUACGAUUACUACCGAGAGGAUUUCUACAGUCGGUUGUUUGAUUAUGGGCAUGGACGCGUUCCUCCUCCUCCUCGUGCCGUCAUCCCCUUAAAACGGCCCCGUAUUACAGUGCCAGUAACACGCAGAGGCAAAGGGAUUUUCUCUUUAAAAGGAGGACCAAGAUCCAUCUCGAGUGGCUCCUCAUCAAAAUUGAAAUCAGAUGAGCUGCAGACAAUCAAAAAGGAACUGACCCAAAUCAAAACUAAAAUCGACUCGUUGCUGGGAAGGCUGGAAAAAAUUGAAAAACAGCAUAAAGCUGAAGCAGGUCCAAAAAAGAAUUUAGAUGAUCAAGCAGAUUUGGCUCCAGAAGAAUGUAAGUCGGAGACUGCUGAAAAUUCCAUUGAAGAGCAUGUUGAAGGAGGACAGGAUGCAGAUGGUGAAGAGAUGACAGAUGGAAUAGAAGAAGAUUUUGAUGAAGAUGGAAGCAAUGAUUUGAUGGAAAAUCAUGUAUCAGACAUUGAAGAUACAAGUAACUGAAUUCAGAUUUCAGGUAUAAUCCUGGGCAUUGUGAGAAGAGAAUAACAUUUAUUUAACAGUACACAAAAGCUUGAAGAAAUGUUGACUUUACAUUUUCUCUCAUGUUUUCAAAUUGUAUUACAACAUUGUUUUAUUAUUUAGGUUGUAAAUGUGUUUUUUCUUAUUUUUUCACAAUUUUUAGAGUGUUAUGUUCAUAUUAUAAAUAUUCUUUGGGCCAGUUGUGGUAAAGUUUGGAAAGAGCAUUAAGAAAUUGUACACAUAUGUAAAUUUGUAUGAGCCAUUUUUUUUAUGAAUCGGUCAUUUGCUCCAAUGGCAUUUGGGUUGUGUGCAUCUUGAUUAUUUGUCUGUACUAAAAUAGAUGUAUAUACGAGUACAUUUGUACUCGUGCUUUAUUCAUACAUGUGUGAAUUUUAAUGUAAAUAAUUAAAUUAAUGAUAUCAGUCUUUACUGUUAAAGAGGUUGCCUUUGUUAAAAG